AUGUUGACCGCGCCAAUCCGAAGGAGCAUUGGACUUCUUAUCCCCAGCGCCUCGUCCCGAGCAGCACCGCUGGCCUACCGGUCACAACAAGUACAAGCCCGGGCAUUCUCUGCAUCCCCGAUCACCGCCGCAUACGCGACGACGCAGACCCGCCGAGCUCCAGCAGCAGCAACCGCCGCCUCGAAAUCCGCUACGACCUCAUCGAAGACUUCCUCAGCGACUCCCCAGCGAACAGUGGUGGCCACACCAGGUCCAGCCAGCGAGCCAGCACCCCCCACCGCACGCAACACCACCGCCGACGCCGCAAGCAAGGCCGCACAAUCCCAACGCUCACUGACCGAUGGCCUCUCCGACCAGCCACUCUCGACCGAGGGCGUCCCCGCGAUAGACUGGACGCGCUCGUACCACGGCCUCGGAGACGUCGCCUUCUCCAAGGAGCAGCAGGAGACCCUCCUCGCGCCCCUCGACGUAGACGACGUCGAGGUCAAGCCAGACGGCAUCCUGUACCUCCCCGAGAUCAAGUACCGCAGGAUACUCAACAAGACGUUCGGUCCUGGGGGGUGGGGCCUCGCGCCCAGGGGAGAGAGCAUCGUGACUGGGAAGCUCGUCACGCGGGAAUACGGCAUGGUGGUUCAGGGAAGACUCGUAUCCAUCGCCCGCGGCGAGCAACAAUACUUCGAUCCCGACGGCAUCCCCACCGCGACCGAGGGCUGCAAGUCCAACGCCCUGAUGCGCUGCUGCAAGGACCUGGGCAUCGCCUCGGAGCUCUGGGACCCCCGCUUCAUACGGAAGUUCAUGCGGGAGUCCACGAAAGAGGUCUGGGUCGAGCACGUCACGACGAAGCGCAAGAAGAAGAUCGUCAUCCGCAAGGACGACGUCGUCAAGUAUCCUUUCAAGGAGUCGAAGGCGUAA